GAUGUCUGGUGCAAAUUGCAUGAACUUUGGUGUCGCAACUGAAAGACUAUAUGCGAGGGAAAAUUCCUUUCUAUUUUUAAUACACGAGUUAUAAAUCACUUUUGAAACAUGAUGCGUUCUCCAACGAGAUGAUACUGCAAUUUUGUUUGCACUUAAACAUCACCAAACUAGGGGAAAUAACUGCUUUCAUAAUUAAAGAAAUGGAGGAUGAGAGGAAUACAAAUCGUGAUAGUAGAGUACGUUUUGCCUAUAAAUUAUUCAUAUUUGUUCCGUAUCAUGAGAAACGUAUCAUGAGAAACCCCGUCGCUCUUCAUUUUUGAUAUAGGGAGACAAUAGUUUCAAUUAAGUUUAGUCAACAACCGUUAAUAUGGAAUUGGACUCUACUCACGAUAACGCAGACACAAGGUAAAGUGGAUUUGUGCUAUACUGACUGUUUUAAAGAUUUUCAUACUCUUUUAUAGAGUGAGAGAAAUGGUAAUUGAUUGUAAAACAUGGCAACCAUUGUAACUGCUGAAGUUGUCGUCACUGGACGCCUGAAUCAACUAACUUUGGGAGAGGUAUUUCGCACGAUUUCUCCGCGUUUUUUAAUUAGACUUAUAAAUCGUAAACUGGUGGAUGGUUAUAGCCCUUAAAGUUAAAAUGUCGAAAAGCCUCUAAACUGACGAAGCUUAAAACGUUAUUUGAAAGCACGCACAAUUUAAGUGAAAGGAAUGUUAAGGUUCAGGCUAAGUUCAUGUUGAACAAGUUUUAUGUCGCUUCCCUGUUAGUAAAUGGUUCUGUCCACACUACGGGAGGGACACCUGUACGAUUCACUUCAAAUGCUGCCCUGAAAGCGACCGUUAUCCCUGCCACAAAUGUCAUAACCAGUUUAUGGCUGCACAAGAGGAGGAGCGCGCGAAAGAACAACAGGAAAAUAAACCGUUUAUGCGGGUAGAGAACUCCAACAAUGAAGAGGUUGAAGAGGUUUUCGAGCAGACAACAGAGAGCACGGGAUUAAGUGCGAGUUUGGCGACUGCGGCUUCCCCAGCGGAGGAUUGCACGAGAAAACAGGAGGAAAGUAAACCGUUACCAGAGGCUUCCGAAGCUGACGAAGGCCUCGGGAGGACGGGCGACGGCGCGGACGCCGGUGACAAUUCGGCAGAUGUAGCUGCACAAGUGGAGAAGCGUGGGAGCGAAGGAGGGGGAAAUCAGAAGACAUUGCACGAGCGCCUUGAAAUUGGCAACGACGAGAGCUUGACAAAAAAAUCUGGGGGGCCUCAAGGUAAGUAUUAUCUUAAACGUUCCCUGUACAUUAAAUAUUUAAGAAUGUAAAAUGUUCAAAAAGAGAGGAACUGGACCCAGGAAAAAUCAUAAACAUCUAGGUCUUGAAUAUGUGACCAUUCAAACAGAGGAAGCCAAAUAGAAUCGACAAAUAAUUUCCCAGAUUUCAAUGAAACUCAUUGAAAUAGAGAUUUACAUGACAUCCAGAUUGUUUACCACAGGUCUCUCACUUGUGAAAAUGUGUUUGUAAUCGUAGGUGAAUAGUGAACUCUAAAAUGGUUGAUGGUAGAUACCUUUGCUUCUUCCUCAUAACGGUUUAUCGUAUAAAAUUGUAACGAGAUCUCUACUACAAAAAUUCAGAUUUUCCAGAUUGUCCAGCAACCAAAAAUGGAACUCACAGAGCCUCUAGCGUGGGACCUUUUAGUGAGGCAAUGGAGUCAACGUGCUUAGUAAAUAUUGAUGAAAAUAUUGCCUCAGAGACGAUUAAUGGAAAAGCUGUUCCACAAAAUAGUCAAAGUUGGACUUCGAAACUUAAAGAUGCAGAGUCUCCGCACCCCAAAGUGACAGCGCUGGAUGGAACUGAUAUCAAAUGUACCACCUGCGGUUUGAUACAAAUGGUAUUACUCCAGCAAUAGAAUUGGAACAACAACGAAAACAGUGACGAAAAAAGUAGCAAAUUAGCAACAAAUGCCAGACUGUUUAAAGUCUUUUCGGCCAUGUUUCUACCUUUAAACUCAAGGGUUUCUUUUGAUUAGAGUGCCUGCUUCACGGUUUUGAGUGAGAAGCAGACGCACAUGUAUCGAGAUUUUCAGUCAUGAUGUUUGUUUUCUGUUGUAGAUCUCCAAGAACUGUGAGAAAUGUAAGAAGUCUUUUGCUGACUAUUAUUGCAGCAAAUGCCAACUUCUGAUUAGUAACCAGGUGGAUCCUUACCACUGCGAUGAGUGCAAAACUUGCAGGUAAUUUAAGUUUAAAACUUGCAACUAAUUUAUUUACAUCACCGCUCAAAGCAAGAAGUUACUGCGGUGUUGGUUGGGACUCAAUGCUCCAUUCAGACUUCUUUGCAAUUCAUUGCAUUUCAUGUUCCUGUCACUUUUGCUCCAAUUUUGGACUUUAUUUUCAACCAUGCUUUUAGUCUUCUCUCCGAGUUGUGGUGCUAUUAUACUCAAAGCACCUAAACGUCUUAAUAUUAGGGUUCUACUUCACGUAUUGUAUCAUUCGAAAAUCGAAGAAGUUCUCUUAUUAAAAGCUAAUCAUUGAACGCUUCUUGAAGGGCGGACGAGAAAAAUCAUUUUCAUUGUUCCACGUGCAACAUAUGUAUGGCGAAAACUCUGAAGGAUAACCAUCAAUGUUUUCCCGACCGAGGUCACGAUCCAUGCGCAAUUUGUUUGGAGGUCAGUGAUUUUGUAAGCUUAUAUUGAAAAGACUAGUUCUUCUAGGUGUUUUAUCUAUUUCUAUCGCAGAUCCAUCCACAUUAAGUGGAUGCAUCGGUUGAUGCUCAAAUAGUAGCGAGUAUGAUCGGGAAGCUCUUUAUUUUCGAUAGAAAUAUAAACUUCCAAACGAUAUAGCAAUUAAGCUAUGUGUACAUACAUUUUAACUGAACUGGUUACUUAAAAAUGUAAUUUGCACCAAAGAAAGUAAUCGUAAAGUGGCAGGUAAGAAAUGAUACGGAACACCACCAACUUACCAUAGCUGAACACUUAGUACAACGACAAGGUCAUUUUUCAGAGGGAUUAAUAUUGCUCUGUUUUCUUCAGGAGGUAUUUUCCGGAGCAAUCAUUUUCCCGUGCUUUCAUAUGGUCCACAAAGACUGUGCAAUAAGUCUUGUGAAAUCUGGAAGGUAAUAUAUCUUUUAAAAUUUCUCUAAGAUGUGUUUUCCAGUUUAUUGUGUCUGCGUCUAGGAUAUUAGAUUUUGAAAGAUGUAUUUAAAGCGCAUAGAAUGUUACCCUUAUUUUUUACGAGGUUUAAGGGGAAGCAAAGUACCUUGUUGUCAUCAUAAAUUUUGUCUGUGAAACCAAGGCCAUCCUGAAAAUCGUGAGUCUAAACUGAACUUACUAAAGAGCCCAAUAUUUGGUGUGCAGGAAAAAAAAAAGCACAAUUUCUGGAAAAAAAUGCAUAUAGGUAAAAAAUAAACAAAACAAUAGACGGGGAAGAACUAUUCGAUUUUUUUGUUGCAAGUGCUAUUGCUAUACAUAUUUAUAUUCUUCAUGUAUUUUAUCUUUACCAUGAUUUCAUUAGUGUUAGGUGCCCGAUGUGCCGCAGACCUAUUUUCCAAGAACGUAAGGAUAAUGAAGAAACGGAGCCUGCCUCAUCCUACACCUCGUUUCAAUGGAUCCGUUCGAGGUUUUCAUUUGGCUUAUUAUUCAUAUUUCGGUUUAUUUUUGAGACCUUUUCACGGCCAUCCCCUACAAUUGGAUAGUGAAGAGUCUGAUCCACCUAGGCCGACGUUUUGACUGUCUAAGUGGAAGUCAGAACCCGUGAAAGAGGCUCUUUAUUUUGUGGAUCUCACCUUUCCUAUGAAAAGGAUUACACGCGAGACUUAGGUGACUUGCGCAAGUCAGUUUUUCACUGAUUAUGUGAAUUAUAGUUGAGUUGACAUGGUUGUCUCAUGUGAAUUCUGAUUAUUAAGCGUCGCAAAAAAGCGUGGUAACAAAUUUACGCACUGAAUUGAUAUCGUCUCUACCGUUUUAUCACGAAUUAAUAGCUAUUUACGUCUAUAACACCUCGUCAUCCUUAUCAAGUUGGUCAUAGGGUCUGACUCAAUUGACUGAAAAAAAAAACUGUUAGAUGACCGGUCUAUAUUACUCAAAUUUCCACUCGGCCUGGGAAUCAGAGAGAGGUUUUUAUAAGGAGCCUUUCAUUAGGAAGUAACUGGUAUUAACGAAGUAGUCGAAAGGAGGUGCUUUACAUUGCGCAUUUCUAAUUGGAUACAGCGGUUUCCUGAGGAGUGCAUUGAUUUUGUUUUAAGUAAACAUAGUGUGUUGUCAAUUGAGGGCCAUUUGGCAAAUAUAUCAGAUUAUAUACAAAAGCGAUGUGGUUCCUUUUUCAUUUUUGUCUCUUCGAGGUACGGGUAGUGAAUCAAUUGACCGAUUGAAGAGCUAGUUGACCAGCCCAUCAGUUUUUCAGUAGGCUUUGAGGAACCACAGCUGCGUGAUCUCCAUUGACUUUAAAUCGAAUAAAUUAAGACAGUUGCCUCGAUCCUUUUGUGAUGAUUUUAAUCAAUCGAUACCC